AUGGGCUGCAUUUACUCGCGAGUCUGCAUAGGCGACAACUGCAGAGGCUCCAGCAUCAAUGGAGACCCCAUCGCCAGAACCACCGACGUUGCCGAAGUCGCCAAUUUCUCCCCCUCCUCUUCCGACGUCGAAGAUGGCGAAAUCAGAGACCAACUCAACCAAUUGAGCAUCACGCGAGACUCUGAAGCCGGAAUCCGAAGACUUGCUAGGGUUUCCGCGCAGUUCCUUCCGCCAGAUGGUUCACGAAUCGUCAAAGUCCCUUCUGGGAACUUCGAAUUGAGAUACUCCUUCUUGUCUCAGCGAGGUUACUACCCCGAUGCACUCGAUAAAGCUAACCAGGACAGUUUCUGCAUCCACACUCCUUUCGGUACUGUUCUUGUUGAAUUUUUGUUUUCAGCUGUUUCUGUUUGUGGCUUGGCUGCUUCUGUUUGUACGAACCCUAACGACCACUUUUUUGGCGUCUUUGACGGCCAUGGUGAGUUUGGAGCUCAGUGCUCGCAGUUCGUGAAGCGGAAAUUGUGUGAGAAUUUGCUCAGGAACUCCAAGUUCCGUGGUGAUCCUGUUGAGGCUUGUCAUGCAGCGUUUUUGGCGACGAAUUCGCAGCUUCAUGCUGAUAUUUUGGAUGACAGCAUGAGCGGGACGACGGCUAUCACGGUGCUGGUGAGGGGCAGGACGAUAUACGUGGCGAAUUCCGGCGAUUCGAGGGCGGUGAUGGCUGAGAGGAGAGGGAAGGAAAUUGUGGCCGUUGAUUUGUCGAUUGAUCAGACGCCGUUUAGGAGUGAUGAGCUCGAGAGGGUGAAGCUCUGUGGGGCGAGGGUUCUUACUCUGGAUCAGAUUGAGGGGUUGAAGAACCCUGAUGUGCAGUGUUGGGGCACUGAGGAGAGUGAUGAUGGUGACCCUCCGAGGUUGUGGGUGCCCAAUGGGAUGUACCCGGGGACGGCUUUCACCAGGAGCAUUGGUGACUCUAUUGCGGAGACUAUUGGGGUUGUGGCGAAUCCUGAGAUUGUUGUGUUUAAGCUCACGCAGGAUCACCCUUUCUUUGUGCUUGCUAGUGAUGGGGUGUUUGAAUUUCUCUCUAGCCAGACUGUGGUUGACAUGGUUGUAAAAUUCAAAGAUCCUCGUGAUGCUUGUGCUGCCAUUGUGGCAGAAUCUUAUCGACGCUGGCUGCAGUAUGAAACUCGUACAGAUGACAUUACAGUCAUCAUUGUACAUGUAAAUGGGCUAACUGAAUCAACUGUUGGUCAGUCAGCUAGUUAUGGUGAUGUUUUGAGAAACCCUGUUCCUCAAGUUGUAGAGGUGACAGGUUCAGAAUCCCCUUCCACCUUCGGCUGGAGUGCUAGAAACCAUCGUGUAAGACAUGACUUAUCAAGGGCACGCCUCCGAGCUCUUGAAAAUUCUCUAGAAAAUGGGCAAGCUUGGGUCCCUCCAUCUUCAGCCCAUAGAAAGACAUGGGAAGAAGAAGCACACAUAGAGCAGGCAUUGCACGAUCAUUUUCUCUUCCGGAAGCUCACGGAUUCUCAGUGUCAUGUGUUAUUGGAUUGCAUGCAACGAGUGGAGGUCGAACCUGGGGAUAUUAUAGUCAAACAGGGUGGUGAAGGUGACUGUUUUUAUGUUGUUGGUAGUGGAGAAUUCGAGGUUUUGGCGACUCAGCGAGAGGCAAAGGCAAGGGUUGUGGCACCUGCAGGCUUUGAAAUCUUCUUUAAAUGUCUUAGUCAUGAAGAAAAAGAAGGGGACGUACCUAGGGUUUUGCAGCAGUACACUGCUGAAAAACUCUCUUGUUUUGGAGAACUUGCUCUAAUGUACAAUAAACCACUCCAGGCUUCCGUACGUGCCGUAACAGAAGGAACUCUUUGGGCUUUAAAGCGAGAAGAUUUCCGUGGGAUUUUAACGUCAGAAUUCUCUAACUUAUCAUCAUUGAAGUUGCUUCGGUCUGUAGAUCUCCUCUCAAGGUUAUCAAUUUUACAACUCAGUCAGAUUUCUGAUUCCCUUUCUGAAGUUUCCUUCUCAGAUGGGCAGACAAUAAUAGACAAAAAUGAAAUCCUUGCAUUGUACAUUAUACAAAAGGGACGAGUAAAAAUCACUUUUGAUUCUGAUUUAUUGAUGAGUCCAAAUGCCUACAGCCUCAAGCCUGACACUCAAAACGAGGAUGAUGUACAGAACAGAAGAGAAAUAUCAAUAGAGAAGCCCGAGGGAAGCUAUUUUGGUGAAUGGGCUCUUUAUGGUGAACAUAUUGGUUCCAUAAGUGCUGUUGCUGUGGGUGAUGUUGUAUGUGCUUUACUAACAAAGGACAAAUUUGAAUCUGUUAUUGGCUCCUUACAAAAGAUUUCUCAGGAAGAUCACAAGUCAAGGGAUAAUUCCAAGGAGUUGACUAGAAAUUAUGAUUUUUCAUCCCUUGAUAAAGUCCAACUCUCAGAUUUGGAGUGGAGAAAGACACUAUAUUCCACUGACUGUUCCGAAAUAGGGCUUGCAAAUUUAAGAGAAUCAGAAAAUUUGCUUACACUGAAGAGAUUUUCUAAGCCAAAGGUGAGAAGGUUUGGAAAGGAAUCACAAGUCAUGAAAGAGAAAGAUUUGAUUAAGGGUAUGGGCUCUUCAGCUUGUAUACCACAGGUUUUAUGCACUUGUGCUGAUCGCAUGUAUGCUGGAAUCCUGCUAAAUACUCGCCUUGCUUGCCCUUUGUCUUCCAUACUUUCAAGUCCUUUUAGUGAAUCAGCAGCGCAAUUUUGUGCUGCAUCUGUUGUUACUGCCUUAGAAGACUUGCACAAGAAUGGUGUUCUCUACAGAGGUGUAUCACCUGAUGUUUUGAUGUUGGAGCAAACAGGACAGAUACAGCUGGUGGACUUCAGAUUUGGAAAACAGCUUUCUGGUGAGAGAACAUUCACAAUUUGUGGGAUGGCAGAUUCUCUUGCUCCAGAGAUUGUUUUGGGAAAAGGCCACGGUUUCCCUGCGGACUGGUGGGCAUUGGGAGUUUUAAUAUAUUUUAUGUUACGUGGUGAGAUGCCAUUUGGAUCAUGGAGAGAAAAUGAACUCGAUACAGUUGCCAAAAUUGCAAAAAGGAAGCUACAUCUUCCCGAAACUUUUAGCCCUGAGACGGCUGAUCUCAUCUCCAAGCUACUUGAAGUGGAAGAAAACUCUAGACUUGGUAGCCAAGGUCCUGAUUCUGUCAAGAGUCACCCAUGGUUUAAUGGUAUUCAAUGGGAAGGGAUUAGAAACCACACUGUUCCUGUUCCUAAGGAAAUUAUUUCUCGGAUAACACAGUACUUGGAAGUUCAUUCUGAGGAUUGUAGUAGUCUCUAUCUGGGCUCCCCUGUACAGGAGGUAGAAGAACUUAAUGUGCCUGAAUGGCUUGAGGACUGGUAG